AUGGCACCAGGCCAGCUAGACGAGCCGCUGUCCGAGGCCGUGACGGCCCAGCCCACCGUCGUCACAGAAGACGCAGCCGCCGCCGUGGGCGUCGACGAGAAGGCAGGGCCCCAGAUCGCCGCCGACCAGCACAGCGACUCGCUCAGCAAGGACGCCGAGAACAACGGCGCCCGCGUCUUGUACAAUGUAGUCAACGCCAACGGCGAGGAAGAGGCCGUCUCGGAGGACGACCCGCGGGUCCGCGACAUCCCGCCCUACGUGCGGCGCAUCGUCAGCUUCAAGGACGACACGACGGAGCCGACGCUCACGUUCCGCUACUUCCUGCUGACGAUUCUCUUCGUCGCCCCCGGCGCGUUCCUCUCGCAGAUGGCGCACUUUCGCACCACGUACGCGCCCUACUCCGUCUUCUUCGUCCAGAUCGCCUCCAACUACGUGGGCGUGUGGCUGGCAAAGGUGCUGCCGGCGUGGCGCGUCCGCAUCCCCCUGACGCGGUACGGCUUCAGCCUGAACCCGGGCCCCUUCAGCACAAAGGAGCAUGUGCUGGUGACCAUUUCCGCCGCCUCGGGCGCCACCUACAACCUGGGCUACACGCCCAUCUCCAUGUCGGAGCUGUACUUUGGCGAGCGGGUCAACGGCGCCGUGGCCGUCUUCUUCAUGCUGGCCAUUACCUGGACAGGGUACUCGUACGCGGCGCUGGCGAGGCAGUUUCUCAUCUACGAUCCGCAGUACCCUUGGUUUCAAGCUCUCUGCCAGACGGCGCUCUUUGAGACGCAAAAGAAGCAGCGCGAGAACCCGUCGCCCCUAUCGAGCAAGCAGAUGCGCGUCUUCUUCGGCGUGCUCGUGGCCGUCAUCCUGUGGCAGUUCCUCCCCGAGUUCGUCUUCCCCAUGCUGGGGUCGCUGGCGUUCCUGUGCUGGGUGGCGCCGCGCAGCCCCGUCGCCAACUUUAUCGGCGCGGGCUUCGGCGGCAUGGGCUUCCUCAACCUGUCGCUGGACUGGUCCAGCAUCGCCUCGGGCGCGAGCCUGUUCCUGACGCCGUGGUGGACGCAGGUCAUCAUGUUUGUCGCCUUUGCCGUCAACUGCUGGGUGCUGCUGCCGGCGGCCAAGUGGGGGAACCUGGCGAGCUGGAACCACGGCCUGAUGUCGAACCGCGUCUUUCUGGAAAACGGCACCAGGUACCCCCUUUCGGAACUGCUCACGCCCGACAUGCGCCUCAACACGACCGCGUACGCGCAACACGGGGACCUCUACGUCGGCGCGCAGUACCUGUGGAACAUGUUCUUCGACUACGCGGCCUACGCGUCGGCGCUGGUGUGGAUGGCGCUCUUCGGCUUCAGGCAGAUCCGGGCCAGCGUGGAAAAGUUCCUGGAGCGGCGGACGGCCAGGGACGGCCGCAAGGUGACGGAGCAGUACGACGACCAGAUCAACGUGCUGCAGCGGCCGUACGACGAGAUACCCUUCUGGUGGUUCGCGGCGCUGUUUGCCGUGUCGCUCGUCAUCAUGGUGGUCAUUUGCGCGCGGGGGCUCAUCUUCAUCCCCGUGUGGACGUACUUUGUGGGCAUCGCGACGGGGGCCGUGGUGGUGGUGCCGCUGGGCUGGCUGUACGCGCUGUCCAACUUCCAGCUCGCCAUCGGGUCGACCAACGAGCUGCUGUACGGGCUCAUGAUCAACGCCGUGUCCGGGUGGAAGAACCCGUGCGGCGCGUCGGCCUACGGCUCCGUCGCCGGCGACGCCUGGUACCGCGCCCAGCUCAACCUGCAGGACAUGAAGAUCGGCCACUACAUGCACGUCCCGCCCAAGGCCGUCUUCUUCUCCCAAAUCUUCGGCUCGCUCAUCGGCAUCCCCAUCGACUACGCCGUCAUCCGCUGGGUCCUCGACACCAAGUUCGACUACCUCGCCGGCGUCAAGGAGGACCCCACGCACCAGUGGACGGGGCAGUCGCUCGCGUCCAGCCUCACCCUGGGCGUGCAGUACGUGCUCGUCGGGCCCCGGCGCCUGUUUCAGCAGCAUCUCUUCAAGGUGGUUCCCUACGGGUUCCUCGUCGGCGCCGCGGCGCCCGUCGUCCUGUUCCUCCUGCAUAAAAAGUUCCCGCGGGCCAAGUUCAACCUCUUCAACACAACCAUAUUCUUCUCCAGCAUGUCCACCUUUUACGGAAACAUUAGCACGGGCUACUUCUCCAGCUUCCUGGGCGGCUUCGUCGUCAUGUUCUGGUGCUACAGGUACAAGUACGAGUUGUGGGCGAGGUGGAACUACAUGCUGGCGGCGGCGUUUGACGCAGGCUUCAACUUUAACAUGCUGCUCAUCUUUCUGUGCUUCGGGGCCGGCAAGAUUGUGAACAUGCCACACUGGUGGGGGAACAACGCAGACAGCAGCGAGAGGUGUUUUGCACUAGAUAGUUAG